AUGGCUUUCCCCCAGAACAAUCGGACUUGGAAAAUCAUCCAUGAUGCGCAGAAAGGUGGUUACGCCGUCGGGGCGUUUUGUGUCUACAACACGGAGGGUGUUUUAGCAGUCAUCCGGGCCGCAGAGAAAAAGCGCUCUCCUGCGAUAAUCCAGCUGUUUCCGUGGACUUUACACUUCCAGGGUCCGGCGUUUGUUCAAUACGUCGCCAACGUCAGCCAUGGCGCGUCAGUGCCUAUAUCCGUCCAUUUAGAUCACUGUCUCAAGCCAGAGGAUGCCGAUAUUGCUUUGCAGUGCGCGUUCGACUCCAUCAUGAUUGACGGGUCACUUUUCGAAACCGAGGAGAACAUUCGCUACGUCAAAUCAGUCGUCGAACGGGCCAGGGACAAGGGUAUCACUAUCGAGGCAGAGCUCGGUCGGAUAGAGGGCGGCGAGGACGGCAUUCCCAUGCUCGAACUCGAUGGUCUCCUCACUGAUCCUGAUUUUGCGCUGCAAUUUGUCAAGGAAACAGGUGUGCAUUUUCUCGCACCCAGCUUCGGCAACGUUCACGGACCUUACCCACCAGGGGGUGCCGAGAAGCAUUGGCAGAUUAGCCGAUUGAAGCAGAUUCAUGAAAAGCUGGGAAAUGGCGUGCCUCUGGUUCUGCAUGGGACGCAUCCCCUCUCCGACGACCUGCUACAUCUGUCCAUGGCGCAUGGAGUCGUCAAGAUGAAUCAGAACCGCAAUGUGCGUUUGGGCUAUCAUGAGUACGUGGAGAAGAACUGUGCACGAGUCGAGCUCACGGAGCUGCAGGAGCAAGGUGUCGAGGAAUACUGCAAGGGUGUAGAGCACAUGAUGGAGGUGUUUAGGUCUGCAGGCAGGGCGCCGGAUAUGUAG